UCAAAUGGCGCCGUUGCUUUGAAUAUUAAGUGCAUCACGCGAGUUACAAACGUAAAUAACACUACUAUCAUCAUUUGAUUGAGAUCGGUUACAGCAAACAAGAGAUAGAAAUCAUGGAUGUGGAGGGACACAAUUGCGUGACAAGAGUUUGUCUGUGAAGUCCAACCUGACUCGGCACAUGCAGCUUCAUUUUCCAAAGGAACAUGUGUGUGAAGUGUGUGGGAAAAGCUUCUCACUGAAACAGCAUCUGAGCAGGCACCAAAAACAACACCUGUACCCAUGCAUCCGUCUGUACAAGCAGGGAGAGGCCAAGCUGCAGUGUACGGAUGGAUCUGCAUCGUCUCAGAAGAGCAUCCUGUCCUUUGUCAAAGCUGCUGGUACUUACACCCCUCCUCUGCCCCAGUCUCCCCUUCCUUGUGCCCGUGUGCUGAGGCGUGCGCACAUAAUCAUGGAGAUGGAGAAGAUGUCUGGAGAAAUCCUCUGCAUUGAUGGCACAAAAAAGGUCCUUAAGAAGAUAUAUGGUGAUGGCCGGGGCACCAUGCAGUAUAUCACCAGUGUGCUGAACGAGUGGGGCCAGUUCUUGACCACAGUGGUGGUGGCAGCUGAGUCUGUGAGGUGCUACAGACGUAUGGCCAAAGGUCUGAUGGCCCACUUUGAACGAGCUAGGGCUCCUGCACCUGCUGUCAUAUAUGCAGAUAACAACUGUUGUCGUGCUUCGUCCUUCCUGGAGAAUCUGUUCAGGGACUGGGUGCAGAAGGGCACUGUGAUCAGACUGGACAUCCGACACUGGCAGCACCGCUGGGAUGCUGUUGUCAUCAAACAGAGCCAUGCCAACUAUGGGUUGUUUAUGAGUGCCCUUGCAGGUGCAGUGCUGGCCUACAACAAGAACGAUAUGAUGCUCCUCAACUGCCCAAUCUGAAUGCCAAGGCUAACUACAGGGCAACCGUAAUGCCAAAGGUGAAACCCCACCAACGAGUGCUGUCAGAAGAACCAAUGCCAGCAGCUCCUACUCUGUCAGAAUCCCUUCCAGCUCCAGAUCGACCUCAGGUUCAGUACCAGAGCCUAUGUCAUGCAGCUGGGAAAAGGCAUGAUCAGAAGCGGAGGAUAGAUGUGGAAGAGUUUGUGAACCGGCCCAUUCAACCUAAACCCCCUGUGGUCACGUACAUCCUAUCCAGAGCGUCAAAAGCACCUGUCCUUGUAGUGGUUCCUGCAUAGCCACAGGGAUCAUCCAUGAUGCUCUGUGGGGCAUCCAGCAGUCAAGGGGUCAUACCUUUCGCACUGCCUCCUGCGCUGACAUCCAGACCAAUCAAGCCUCAUAAAUCCACGAAGCCUUGUGGGGCCUACCAAGUACCCCAGUGUGGUGGGCAGCGUAAGAGGUACACGCCGUCCAAAGACAAGGCUGCUGAAAGUAGCCAAAAAAUAUUUACGUAUUGCCCAGCAACUAGAAAGUCCACCACUUCAGGUUUUGAAGGUGUUGUGUUCAACAGUUUCAAACACUUCAAAAGUGUAGUAGAUGAGGAACUAAAAAUGAAGAAAAAUAACAAUUAGAGAGCCAACUACAUCCCUCAAAUCACAAUAGCAGAUUUCUGGGGUAUGGUUUGUACCUGGUUCAGACCUGGAUCAGACCUAGUUUACUUCAUCCCCUUGUAUAUAUUGUACACAGUAUUGGGGAAACACUGAUUGUACUUAUAUUGUAUAUUGUUCAAUGUGUGCAUGUAUAAAUCUUAAUUAGAAUCCUGUAAAUAAUAACUUAUUAGUACCUAUUUAGCUAUUUUCUGCUAAAUUACUUAAUAAUUAAUGUAAAUUCUAUUCUGUUCACCUUGUUACCUGUGUUAUUAUUGUUGUGUUGUUUAUUUAUUUCUAUAGAUAUAAUAUAUUGUUGAACAAAUAAAAAAAGAUUGUUUCCAAACAUAUGAUUCCUCUCUCUUGUUCUCCAUUUGUCCACUUAAUAGAGGUUAAGACUGUCACAUGAAACUGUAUUGAGUAUAACAGAGGCUGAAUUACUUACCAGUAUGGUAAAGAUUAAGUAUUUUUCUAAAAUUCCAUUAAGGCCGUUUAUGUGUACAUUUUUCAUGCUCUCUAGAGGGUGAAUAGGGCAAAUAGAGUGAAUAAUAUCUCAGAUAUGAGCAAAUUACACUUUGUUCAAGUAGCCUAAUAUAGCUUUU